AUGGCUGUGAGGUUAAGUUGUUUGGACGUACCCCCAGCCAUCGUUUAUGCGACAAUUAAUAGAGCUGCUGGUGCUUGGUGUUACCUGUCCGGUGAUCCUCACAUUAUACCAUUUGCAACAUUAAAGCAGCCCAAUCCAGGACAAUUAAAUUGUUAUCAGCAUGGCUGUUUAGUAUUGUUAAAAAACAAAUGGGUUAUCGUAACAAUAUUUGUUAGUCCAGCUUAUACAACACAUUAUUUCGAAUUCAUGUUUUUGGAUGGUAGUGGUGGCACAGGACCAUUGAAUGCAAAGUGUGUUGUUGAUUCAACAUGUUUACAAAACAGUCCCUCUUCAUGUUGUCCAGCUGGAAACUAUUAUUAUGAUUUAAAUCUCUGGCAACCUGAUAACCUGGUUUCCAGUUCAACUGGCGUUUGUGUCAAAGGUGGCUGUACCGGUAAACCAUUGACUUUUCUACCAGUUCCAAUUAAAUUUGACGCUACGAAAGUGUGCAACAUUAUGGUUUUACCGGUGAGAUUAUUCAUAUAUGACGAAAAUUAUCUAAAAUUAUCAAUUAACGGAGACAUUACUGAUGUGAUAUUUGUGAAUGAUUUUUGUGUCCAAUGGCCUAUAUUCCAAGCAAUCGCUCAACUCAAGCCGGAUGUGAAACAACUUCAAGGAUACGUUGCUCAAGCUGUUCAAGCAAUUAAUGGUGCAUUUGCAACGGCAAAUAGGCAAGUUAGUCAAAUUGGGCCUUCGACAACCAACGUAACUAUUUCGCGCAUUUCAUGA